CAUCGUUGCCAAGGAAGAGUUGUACAUGGAGCGACUGUGUUGUAUCUAAAGAGCAGUCAAUGUAAACGGAACACUAUCUCAUUGGAAGGAAGACAAAUAUACCAGAAAAAUGAGCGAGUUCAAGGAAGUGAAUAGUGAGAGGCGACAAGAUUGGCAUGAAACGAGCGCAGGUGUUGGCCAUCAUUACAGGCCGGGAUAUUAUUUUCCCAAUUCUGAAUUUCAGACACAGUUGAGAGAACCAUUACCAUCAGACCUUGCAAAACCAGAUGAAAUCACAAGAGAUCAAAUAUUCCAGACAACUUAUGGAAAUGCACAUGACAGAAAAUACCCUGGAGGGAUGUUUGCCAACACUGUUCACAAUAAAGCUCCAGGACACUGGAAAGUGAAUUAUGUCAAGGAUGUUGCUGAGAAGCUGGGCAAGGGUGGAUGGCGGAGACCCCUCACCAUGGGAAACCAGCAGAGUGAGACCCAGGAUAAGUUCUGUGCUGCCUCUGGUAUCAGGGAGAAAUACCACUUUGAAGAUUUUGCUGGACCCCAAAACUUUAUUCUACAAGAUCAUCAUAAGGAGGGGCCUUCAAAGUAUGGCCGUGCAACUACACAAAAUCCCAAGCUCCAGGGCAAGCCAUUCUACGUCCGAGACAAGGGUGUGCUGUCCCUGCUUGACCCCUACUUAUCCACCACUCAGAAAGAUCAUCGUUCGUUCAAACCUGAUGAGCUCAAGAAAUAUCCCAAGAAAGACAUAGCAACAACUUGGCAGUGUGAGGACAUGCCAAAAUCCUGGGGCCAUGGUCUCAAACACAAUCCAUUCCCUAAAGAUUCUGUACCACGAGAGCCCCUCCCAAUGAGAGACACCAUGAUGUUCCCUACAGCUACAAAGAUCCCACGCCAGCCCAAAGCAAUGGUGCCAGUACCUCACUCGGGCUUGAAGACUGAAUACUCAGACUUGUACAUACGUCCAUCACAUGUUCGGAUGAGGGAGAACUUCUACUGCCCAGUUGACACGCCCUUCACCCUCCCUAAUGCCGGCACCAAGUCUGUUAUGACCGCACCCAAGAUGUACAACACAGAAUAUCAGAAUGUUGGCAGCAAGAAACCAGUCAUUGUGUAAUGUUUGGACAUGUGCAAGAUGUGAAACAACCAGUUUGGAUGUUGUUGUUUUUUCAGAGCUAUGUUUGCGUGGCAAUUGUCAAUAUGGGAUAAACUUUUGCAGGUUUACAUUUGGGAGGACUGAAAUGUUUGGGAUUUAAUUCAACCUGUAAAACAACAGAUUUGAAUUCUCUUGUAAAGUGUCAGACGUCUAAUUCUGCUGAUUUUGCAGUAAAUUUACACCUUGUAUUGUACACUGUUUUGUACAUCAGUUUUAUCACUUGUUACAUAUAUAUUUGUACUUUGAAACAUUUUAUAGAAAUUACAUUUUACACAUUUAUUCAGAUUAUCAAUUACAUACAUCAUAAUUUGUAAAACUGUAAAUGGCAUAAUAUAUGCACAUGGCUUGUUAACCAUAUUCAUGUGAAAUAACAGUUAUUGCUGUUUUCGUUUUUGAGUGAAACUGAGAAAAUGAUGUUCUUCAUCAGUACCUCUGUCACAGAUGGUAAUAUCUGCCAUUUUCACUGGCUUGAAAAUAAAUGCAUAGAAGAAUUAUGAUGAACACAAAUAAGGGGAAAUAAUAACAGACUAAGUAUCAUUUAAUUGAUACCAGCACUUCUCAUCAUGUGGGUAUGUACAUAUACUGAAGAUACUGCACAUAGAAAUGUAAAUAUUCUGUAAUAAAAUGAGAAUAUGCGUGUGUGAUAAAGAACAGUCUCAUCUGACUCAUGCUAUUGUAAAUAUAUAUAUUUAUGAAUU